UUAGUGAAGUUGAAGUGUGUUGAUUUUGCCACCAAAAGUCGCCUGUGAUUUAUAAGAAUUACUGAAAGUAAUUAAAUAUUACAGUUUUACCUAUAUACAGUGUUAUAUACUACAGAAAACAUUCACAUAUACACAUAUACUUUGAAGUAACAUAAAAGCUUACAACAACCGAAAUGUUCACCAAGGCUGCCAUACCAUCUGCAUUAUCCUUGCGGCUUUUAUUUGCAGUUGCUCUACUCAUAUUCGUCGCAUCGCCAGCCACACCAGCUAAAAUACCGACAGCAAAGAAUGGCGGGGCUACGCUGCGAGGCCAAGCCGUCAUUGAUGCGGUGCCCCUGGCAGAACGCGCCGCAUUCAUUCGCUACAAUCUGGCUAAGGCAGUGAGUCGUUUUAACUCCGCAGCCAACAAUGCUACAGACCGCAGUGCUGAAUCACGUCUAUUUCUGCAACCAAGUGCUUUGCUGAGUCCAACACAAUUGCUGGAAUUCGAGAACAUUCCCACCUAUCCGGAAUUCGGCGAAGAUGUAUUCUACUGGCUGCGCGACACUCUAGAGGUGACUGAGGAUAACAUAUACUCGCUAUUAAAUACUCGUUCUGGAGGGUUUCUAAUAUGCACCGAGGAUGGAAUUUGUUAUGACGCACCAUAUUUAGGGAUCUGCUGCCCUUUUUAAGAAACAUUUUAAGGAGAAAAUGAAGGAUCUAUGGAACCUGGAGGAGAAAUGGGAAAUGUUUGGAAUAUGACUUGAGAAAUUCACCAAUAAUAUAAAUAAUACAAAAGAAUAUUGUAAAAUUCAAAUAUAUACAUAUAUUAAAAACUCCUUAUAUUGUAAAACAAAGCGGUCUGGCAACGCCCUGCUUAUAUAUUGCUACUACUUUUCUCAAAAAAUUUUGUAAUAAAACUUUAUCGACUUUAAAAUAGUGAGCAUAGCA